GGGGGCAGCAGCACCAGCAGUAGUGAUGGCUUCAUGUUUUCAGGAGUACAGUCUAAAGGAAAUCAAAACUUCUAAGACAUCCAGAGGCUACUAUAGAAGAGGAAAGCUCCUCUCCAUUGAUGACAUCUAUUUACAUUUAUCAGCUAAAAAGAAGAAGUUAAAAGCUGCAGGGCAAUCUAUGAAGAGCAAUAUUGAGAGCGUCAUAUUCGAUAUGUUUCUUCAUGUUCCUCUAGAAUUUCCUGUCUGUACUCUUCAGCAUGUCACCUCCCAGGAAGGUGCUAAGAAAAUUCUGGACUCACAGUCCUUCAAGGGAAGGAAACAUGAAAGACCCGAAUUUAAUGCCCUUUCCUUCUGGAGUGCAGAGGUCUCCUUGGAUAACAUUGAAACGGGCCGUCUUCAGGUUUAUAAGAAAAUGAGGAGGGUGGUGAAAGCAGAAGACAUUGAGACUUUCCAUGAAGAGAUGAUGGAACAAUUUGCUAACUCUCCAGCAUUUGAUAAAUUGGCUUCUCGUUAUGGGAACUUUAAAUUCUCUUUCCCACUGCCUGAUCUGUUAUCUAGAUACAAGACACAGCACUGUAAGGGUAGAGAAAUCCAGCUCAGGAUUUUGGGCACUGAUGUCUACAAGCAGGAGAUUGCCCAUUACAUCCUAGUGCACAGUCCUGACACCAGAGACUUUAUUGACCUCCCAAUGGUGUCCAACAAGCCAAAUAGUCAAGACGUUGUCUCUUGGAUAGAUGAGACCUUGUACUGGAGACCAGAAUCCACCUCCAAUUCAUUAGGUUUAAAGAUAUUUGGGAAUUCUUGCACAGCUAGAUGCUCUGACCUACAGAAACCACGCAGAUCCACAUCUAGACCUAGAACUUGGCGUAAAGCACGUACUUUUGGGCCAAGGUGUGUGUGGAACCAUCUGGUGUUGUGUUUCCACCUCCCCAAUGAUGGAGAACUCAAGACCCCAGUCCAGGAUCUUCUGAGUAAUCUGACCCCUUGUCAUCCACUGCAGCCCUUUUUAAAUAAUGAUCCGAUUCAGAGAAACCAAGCAAAAGAAUUGAUCCAAAGAUUUAAGAAGACUUUUAAGUCAUCUCGGGAUUACAGGACACAAGUUUCACCAAAAAGAAAAAAUUAUGAAAAAAAAAAUUUCAGAAAAUGAAGCAAAACAAGAGAAGAUGACGCAGCAGCAGGAUGCGGCCUCUUAGCCUCUGGCAGCAGAUAUGCCGUCACAUGGCGUCCUCACUGAUCACUGGAUUUAUAAAUGAUUAUUUGUAACUUUCUGGAUUUCUUAUAUCUUGUUGACGUCACAUUAACUCUUCCUUUUCUAUGGAUUUUCUAUGUUUUUGUAGAAUGUUCUGAUCAUUUAUUAAUCAUCAAUUCCUUUUCCUAAUAAACGCCGUUA